GUCGCGUGUCAAACGAACGCCAAACUCAAAGCCGGAAAGACGUCGCUGGCGCUGUCUUCUUACCAAGAGGCAGUUGAAAAACAAAGCAACAUUUCGUUUCGUUUCGAAUUUGUUAUCGUAGUUGCUUGUAGUUUCUAUUUGAUGUGAAGCGACGUGCGAAAAGUGGCUUACGCUUAUGAAUUGCUGACGUUAGCUGGGGAUUUCCAAUUGCAAGAGAUACUCACACACCGCCACGCCCCCACAUCCACACGCCCACCCACAACCAGCAUGCAGUUUGAGUUUCGGCAACCGCCGCGAAGUAUGCUAUGGAAAAUUGCAUUUCUAAUUAUCGCAUUAGCCGGGGACGUGUCGUGCAUAAGAAAUGGCGCCGGAAAUGACGAGCAGAAACAGAUUUCCGCAAAGCUGAAAAACUUUUUGCCCUCCGAGCCGCUGCCUGAAGUGGGCGCCCCCCAGGCUGAGCAGCUGUCCGGCCAGACGUCCGCACGGGUCACAAAUGGCGGAUUCCGGCCGUCCCAGAUGCUGGAGUUCACGCCGUCGGAUGUGAUGAACGCCGCCAAGCCGCGUUAUCCGCCCAGCUACCUGGAGCCCAACUAUAAGCAUCAGCUGCCCAGCUCCUUAAACAGCCUCAGCUCACAGCACUCGGCCAUGGACAAAGUGUUUGCCUUCCCAGAGGAAUCGCGGCCGCAGCAGCUGACAACUUUCCACAACUACGCGAGCUCUCAAAUACCCACCACGCCGGUGGUCAGCUAUCUGGAUCCCUUCACGCAGCAAAACUAUCGAUAUACACCCACGCCCACGGCCACGCCCUCGCACUCACACUCGCUCAUUGCGACAGCUCCGACGCCCACCUACAUACAGUACCAGCGCGAGCGGCCCGGGGAGCAGGGGGAUCAGGCGUAUACGGUGCAAUCGUCUCUGCUCGUUGGCAGCCACUCGCCGCGUCCCGCUGUCGCGGAUGAGGUCUACUUGAAGCGACCCGGCUACGUCUUCGACGAGAGCCCCUCGACAUCGUAUCGUCGACCCGUGACCACGCCCACUGCGGCCACAUCGAAUAAAAUUUCAUACGAUUCGCACGACUAUCCGCCGCCCAGCUAUGCCGCCCAGCAGACAUCCAAUUUCGUGCCCACGCCCACGCAGCGACCCCGCGAGGACCCGCGACCGUCUUACAACCGGCAAGACGUCAGCGGCCCACCGUCGUCUAAUUAUGCAAACAACUUUGGUAAUUAUUUGCAGCGGCCACCCAGCUCCAGCUACCGGCCCCAACAAUCGGAAUACAAUACCCCCACGCACUACCAGUACGAGCCGCUGCCUCAGCAUCAGGAGCAGCAGCAGCAGCCUCAGCCUCAGCGACCUCAGCGACCGGGCCACAAUUACUACGAGUAUCAAAUUGGCGAGAUACCGCCUCAGCAGCGUCCACCCCAGUACAACUAUCGUCCAGGUCCGGCGCCUGGCUAUCGACCACCCUACCAGCCACAGCCACAGCCACAGGCAGGCGGCUUCUCCACUUUGGCAACGUUGCUGAGCACCACACAACAAUAUGCGCCACAAUUUACAAAUCUGCUGUUGGGCGGUGGAGGUAGCUCCUCCUCCUCCUCCUCCUUCUCUGGUGGCAGCCCAUUAGGCAGUCUCUUUGGCGCCUUCGCAGGCACGCAGGCUGCGGGGCAGCAGAGCAGUCGACCGCCCAACACACAACUCAUUAGAGCCCUGGAGAACAUCGCACGCAACGACGAUUUGCAGUGUGUGCCCAAGGUGCUCUGCCAGAUGAUUGCCGGCCAGACGCAACGUGGCCAGCUGCCGGGCUUCAUUACGUCCCCGGCCAUAACCAACUUUCUCGCCGGCUUCCCAGUUGCCUCACCUGCGCUCAUUUACGGACGCGCGGCGCUGCUCGGCAUCAGCGGAGGUGCGCGGAGCUGUGUGCAGACCUACGAGAGAUGCCCCAAGAAUGAGAUGGAAAUCAUUCACUAUCUGAACAAUCAUCGCGGCGGCUUUUUUAAGUUCUUCAGCGAGCCGGAAGAGCAACCAGCUGUGCCCCAACAAAGCGAAUCUGGCAGCGGCGGCGGCGGCGGAGGCGGUGGCUCAUUGUUUAGCAUCCUCUCGGCGCUAACCAACGGCGGUCAGAGCCAGGGGCAGGGGCAGGUGACGCGCACCACGCCGCGGCCAGUGGCGCGACCAACACAAAGACCGAGCACGGACAUUGCUGAUGGCAUCGGCAGCUUCUUCACCCGCGUGCUGUCCGAGUAUAUGAGCGGCGUGGAGUACCAGAGGCGACGCCGUCGAAGGCGGAGUCUGUUGCCAACGGAAAUUAAACGCAGCAUUCAGACGGAUAAUGGCCGCUUGAUGCCCGUUGAUUUUCAUGAUGAGGAAGACGACUUAGAUACCCAGACACCAGUCAGGUUUCAAGACGAUGACGAGGCGGAGGCGGCCAAGGCGCACACCGAGCUGAUAGGUGUGCUGCAAUUUCCCGACGACUUGGACGAGGAUGGGGGCGAGAGUCGAAUACUGCACUUCAAGAACAUUGAAAGCGAUGAGCAGCAUGACAGCGGAGCUGUGAGGUUUCCGGAUGCAACGCCGGAAGCACAGAGCGACAGCCAGCGUAAAGUUAUCUACGAGUUCAAUCGGAAUGCAGCUCAGCGAAAAUUGAGAUUUCCCCAAGAGCCGAGCGAAGGUGAGCGCCAAGCCAAAACUUUGCAGCUGGCCGAGGGCUGGGAGGCUGUGCUGCCCAAUGGACUUACCGAGGAGGAUUACGGCAAGCCAAAGCGGCGUGGCAAGCGAAUUGUUUUUAGGGACACCAACGAGCAGCUUGACGACCUGGAUGAGCGGUUUAGAGAGGAGCAGCAGGAGGCGGAGGAGCGAUUGAGGGAACAACAGCUCAGAGAAGAACAAUUCAGGGAGCAACAGCUGAGGGAGGACCGACAGAUUGAACCACUUGCACCACAUGCACCACCAAAUGCUGUCUACGAGAACGCGGCACCACCGCAGCGUGGUGCCCGAGUCCUCUUUCCCGACCAUUACGAGCGGCACAUACGCCGAGGCAAGAUACUGAAUCGACCCACCUAUGCGCCCAGCUACGAAUACAAUAACAAGCUGGAGGAGAAGGAGCAGCGCUUGGUCGUCAGCGACGAGCAUAGGCCCGGCUCCCAUUACCGCCUAGAAAGCACCUCAAGUUACCAGACGAGUGACCAGAGCCACAGUCACAGGCAGAGCUUCAUGAACUAUGGCGAGUAUCUGCCCGGCAAUACUGUCCGGUUCGAUCAGUCGAGCGACAGACCCACCUACAGUGCGCAGUACGACUAUCCGAAUGCGAACUACAUCAGCGACAAUCGGUACAGCAGCAGCUAUCAGCCUGCCUCGACGAGAAGGCCCCAGCACGAGGACAAUAAGAAUAUCUAUGUGACCAAUUCCCAGGGGGUGACCGAGUACUACAUAAGGCCCGACGGCCGUAAGGUCUACCUGGGCAGCCGUUAGCCUUGUAGAGUGUAAAUAGAAGCAGCGUCGUAGAGGCGGUGCCCCUUUAGUUUCUAAGUCUGUAAAUAAUUGUUAACGCUUAAACCAACUUGAAUAUUUAUUAAAAACAUGUUAAGCCACAAGUA